UGGGCAGGACUGCGGCUUUCUGACCCACACUGUGGCCUGGCUUCAACGUUACGUGCAGAGAAACUAAGUCUGGGCGGCGGGGGCGGACCAACCCUCCCUGAGAGCGAGCCCCGCCUCGCCCCGCCCCGCCCGCCCCGCCCCGCCCCGUUCGGCAGUCAGAGGAGCUGCGGCUCCGCUAGCGGCACACCGUGCCGCCGGCGGCUCCGCGAUGGCAGCGCAGCGGUUGGGCAAGCGAGUGCUGAACAAGCUACAGUCCCCAUCGCGGGCCCGCGGGCCAGGGGGCAGCCCCGGGGGGCUGCAGAAACGCCACGCGCGCGUCACCGUCAAGUACGACCGGCGGGAAUUGCAGCGGCGACUGGACGUGGAGAAGUGGAUCGACGGGCGCCUGGAGGAGCUGUACCGUGGCAGGGAGGCAGAUAUGCCUGAUGAGGUCAACAUUGAUGAGCUGCUGGAGUUGGAGAGUGAAGAGGACAGAACCCGGAAGAUCCAGGUAGCUGACACUCAUCCUGUCCUCAGGACUUCGUCCAGGAGCUGCUGGCAAAGUUGCGGGGCCUCCACAAGCAGCCUGGCCUCCCCCAGCCCAGUCCCUCUGAUGACAGCAGCCUGAGUCCCCGAUAGGACCAGGCCUGGACGGCGCCCCCUGACCGCUGUGGCCUCUGUGACCCUCGGCUCUCCCCAGCCCCUGGCCUGUGUAUGCGUUGUAUUUAAUGGUCUGUAACAGUGACCCGAGUGCCUGGUUUUCCUGUCCCUGGCCACCCAGGACUUCCCUGAGCCCCUAGCCUCCCUCUCCUGCAUCCUCAACAGAUGGAGAAUAGUUCUCCUCCAUCUCUGGCAGCAAGAGCGUGAGAACUGCCCUGCUGACCCUGCAACGGCCUUCUCAGGGUGGGACUCACAUCCUGUCCCCCUCCCCCGCCCUACACAGUCCUAGUCAGCAGGGCCCCUGUGGGCAGUAUACUGGGGAAUGACAUGAGCCCAUGCCAUGGGCUGGGGGCAGUGCAAACUAACCAGGUCACACAUUAAGGUUAUCAGUCUGCCGUUGUGUCCUUGGUGUGGUGAUUGUAAUUAAGAUCAUAAGGGCUGGGGAUUUAGCUCAGCGGCAUAAGCACCUGCCUUGGAAGCAGGCAGUCGUGAGUUCGAUCCCUGGUACCGAUAAAAAGGAAAAAGACAAAAAAAAAAAAAAAAAAAAAAAGAUCAUAAAGGGGAGUAGAAAGGAGCCUUGUGGAGCCUGCACCUGGAGGAGAGAAGGGAUCACUCGGAGGACUCAGCCAGAUGUGCUGGAUGGUGCAAAGGACUUGGCAGGUGCCAGGAGCCCUUCCUCCUGGCCUGGUGAAGAAAUCCAGGGCCUCCUGAAGGAAGCCAUCUGAGGUGGGGCCCUGGAGAAUGCUUGGGAUUUGGCUUCAGUUGGUGCCACCUAUGUCUGGGGACUCAGAACUUGGGGGUGGAGGGUUUGACCUAGGGCUGAGCCAGGGAAAAUACCAGAUGUUAGCAGGAACUUCCUCCAGUUAGGAUGGACAUGGACAGCAUCCCCUAGAGCUGGGUCAAGGAGGUCCCUUACUCAGCGCAGGGAUUGAAUAAUCCCUCCUGCUGGGGCCUGAUGGGGAGCUGGGCUCAGAAACUGUCAGUGGCUGCUUAACACAUUUUAACAGCGGGUCUGGGUGUCUGGGGCCCCAGUCAGACCUGGGCAGGGUGCUGUCCCAUCUGCCUUCUGAGGAGCCUCUAGCAGCCCCACUGGGGUCGGCACUCCGGAGCACCGAGCUCUGCAGGAAGGAAAGAGAGUGUGAGGGACCCAGCAGGCCCAGCCGCCAGGUGGCCUUGUCCCUGUGCAGGGUGAGUGAGUCAUUUGCUACCUCCUGUCACUUGGGGGCUCCUGUCCCAAAGCCCCAACUUGGGGCCAUGAAACGCUACUUCCUCUCCCAGAACCUGGUUUUGGUUCCUCCUCCUUGCUGUGAGGGCAGCAGUGUGCUCAAUUCCAGGUCUGGAGGUCCUGGGUGUGCGGUGUACUAGGCCACUGGAAAACAGGAACAUUGCAGAUGAGGAAACUGAGGUUCACUUCAGUGAUGUGCCUGCCCUCAUACAUGCAGCUGGGAAAGGGCAGUUCUGGGCUUCAAUCCCAGACAUCAUGACUCCAGAGCCCAACUAUUUAACUCCCACAAGCUGGUGUCCCCUAAGUGCCAAAGCAGUUCUUAUUUUUAGUGGUAUGAGCAAAUUGGCUAACUCAUCCCGAGGUGUUAGUGACUGCUCACAGUCCUCAAAGCUAUCCUGUCUAAAAAGGCAUAGAAGUGGGGCUGGGGAUUUAGCUCAGCAGCAUAAGCGUCUGCCCUGCAAGCAGGCAGUUGUGAGUUCGAUCCCCGGUACCUAUAAAAAAAGGAGAAAGACAAAAAAAAAAAAAAAAGGCAUAGAAGUGAUUGAGAACAAGGCUGCGGCAAGAGGAUUGGGAAGCAGCAUACCAUAAAGGUUAAGAGCACAGCUGGCCAGUACUUGGUGGGCUGAGGCAAGAGGAUCACCAUGAGUUUGAAGUCAGCCUGGACUACGUGGGGAGACCCUGACUCAAAAACAAAACAACAACAACAACAAAACCCACACGGUCUCUGACGUUUCUGUCUAGAUUCAGAUUAUUAUUUUCUAGCUGUGUGAUCUUGAAUAAGUCACUUGCCUCUGUGGCUCAGUGUGUACUUUUGUAGGAUGGAGAUGACUGGAAUUGUCCCUGCCUCCUGGAGGGCUGGGGUUAAAGUCACAUGGCACAGACCAGGGCCAGGCAGGUACCAAGCUAGUCAGCCUUAUCUUUGCUCAGAGGGGUCAGCCCUCCUUCCGUACCAUCCUUGGCCUGCAAGAUGUCCUUUGCAGGCCCUGAUGUGGAAAAGGCCCCAGAAGAUGUGAGGGCCCUGCCCCGCCCCCACACCGUGGCCAUGGCUAUCCGCUCCAGUCCAUCUCCUCCCAUGGCCUGUGGUCUAUGACCCAUGUGGCAGCCCAAUGACGCUUAUCACACUCCCCUCCCACAGUCUCCAUGCAUGUCCUUUCCUGUUCCUCUUCCCCUCAGAGGUCAAGGUUGUCAUGCAUUUCUUAGCAUGGUUCCAGUGUCUGCAAACCCCUGUGAGUAGAGUGAGUAGGAAUCUAUGACCUGUCCCCACUUUCUGUGCCACAUAGCAGAGUUUACAAUCUCCCCCAUCCCCAAAACUGGCGACUGAACCCAGAGCCUCGUAUUAAACUGUCUCUCCAGCUCUCCAGGUUCUCACUAAGAGCUACACUGCCCAGGCUGGGCUCAAACUUGGGAUCCUCCUGCCUCAGCCUCCCCGAGCACACCUUGCCUUUGUCAUUUCACAAUCCACCUUGGAGGUGGUUGUGCCCUCACAUUUACAGUCUCUCCUUAGUCCUCAGAAUAAAAGCAAGGCUCUGCCCCGGU